AGGGAUGUGUGAAGGGGUGGGUCGUUCUAUUUAAUCAUGGGCCUUGUAGUCUCAGCUGUUUUACAACUAUCAGAAUUAAGUCAUAUUUCUCUAUGUAAAAUAACAUUUCCCAAAACAUGUAUAAAUGACUCCUCGUUUCAAGCCAUAUCUAUAGCAACUGGUGAUGGUUGUUAUGUAAGCAAAAUACAUAUUGUUUCGUUAGAACUGUAAAAACUACAUUUUCCAUAUUGCUCUGCGAUGCAAUUGCUCCGCUCACUGGGAGGUGCUGGAAACAAGUAUGGGGUUGUUGUUAUAUUCAUCGUUUUAGUUGAUGCGGGGGGAAAAAUAAUCGCAUGCCAUAGCAGAGUUGUUAAAUUAUUGGUUUGAAUUGCUUGUCAUAUCCUACUUCAAACAAAUUUCAUUGUCACUGAGUAACACAAUGGAUGUUAUUGAGACGGUUGUAACAGAGAGUAUUGAAGGAGAUGAAACUCCAACGGCGUCCAGUUUGGAUCCAGAUAAAUCGAAAGCAGAGUUUGUAUGGACUUUACAAGCCACAUGGCAACUUGUCCAAACCCGCCUUGAAAUGGACCAGGAUUUUGACCAGCCAGUGUGCAAGAAAAAGAAACUGUGGGAGACAGUGGCUGAGAGAGUGACUGCCAAGCUAAGAGCAGCUGGGAGCACAGAUGUCACAGUCAAGGCCUAUGAGUGUGAUCUGAAGUGGCGUAACAUGUUGGCCACAUACAGGAAAAACGCUGAGAGGUCCAAGAGACUGGGGGCCCAGAGUGUCCACUGGGAGUUCUUCAAGGCCAUGCAUGUGGUCCUGGGGAAGAGUCGAGAGGAGAUCGAGGCACAGCGCAGGUCCAAACUCAACGGGACCAAGCUGGGCAAGGCUAUUGCUAGCAAGCGGUUUACCCCCAUCCUUCCUACACCCUCCCUGACAGCUGCCCCCUUUGCUUCCAGGCCCCCCCAGGAUGUUCUGCAGCUGUACAUGGAGCUGCAGGAGAGGAAGAUGAACAUGUGGGCCCAGCAGAAGGCCCUGGAGGAGAGGAAGAUAGAGGCCAUUAAUAAUCUAGCCCGUGCAAUCUCCAGUUUGUCUCACAGUCAAAACAACAGUUUCCAGCUGCCAGAGUAGCAGUACAGUACACCCGAGGAAAGGAGUUCUCACUGAACUAAAAACUUUUGGAUUUUGUGUAAUAUAUAGAAGCUUGUGCAUAGAAUGAAAGACUGCAUCAUGCAAAUGUUUCUUAAGCAUUCAACCAUUCAGCUACUUUGUGUUGUCAUGAUUUGUCAUUGUAUAUGUUUUUAUUAUGCUGUAAUAACACCAUUUGACAAAGGAGUUCACUGCAGGAAUUCCCUGUAAUACCUGUGAAUGAGAAGAAGGCUACACAGGGAAUAUUGUACAUAGAUCUGCCAUAGGAUACAAAUAAUCCUACAUAUGUAUAAAAUACAAGAUAUUGCUGUGAUACUCUUCCUUUUUAACAGAAUUUAUAUUGUAUAUUUUAUCUCAAUACAAACACAAAAAUUAUAAAUCACUUUAUGUACUUUCA